CGCCAUGGCGCUCGCAAGGCAAGUGCUUUGUCUCUCUGCUUUCCUCUCGCUGCCGCACGCUCGCGCCGAGCCCAUCCGCUACUCCGUAGCCGAGGAGGCGGAAAGCGGCUCCCUGGUGGGCCAGCUGGCGGAGGAUGCGGGGCUGACGCCGGCGCAGCUCUCGGCUCGCCGCGCCCGCCUGGUCUCGGAGGACGGCCGGCAGCAUUUUCGCUUAGACCGCGCCUCCGGCCGCCUCGUCGUGGCGGCGAGGCUGGACCGGGAGGAGCUCUGCGGCCAGUCCGCCACCUGCAUGCUCCCCUUCGAGCUGCUGCUCUCCAACCCCCUGCAGUUCUUUCGGGUCGAGGUGGCUCUGGACGAUAUCAAUGACCACUCACCCGUCUUCCCCGAGGAACGAGUCACUUUUAAGAUUCCAGAGACGAGCGAUCCCGGCUCUCGUUUCCCGCUGGAGGUGGCUCGGGACCUCGAUAUUGGUAGCAACACAGUCCAGGAGUACAGCAUCUCUCCCGCGAACGAGUAUUUCAGUGUCUCCUAUGGGACUGGGAUUUCAGGCAAGAAGUAUCUUGAACUUGUUUUGGAUAAGCCACUAGACAGAGAGGAGCAGGCAGAGAUGUGUCUCAGUGUUACUGCCGUGGAUGGGGGCUCUCCUUCCAGAAGUGGGGCCACCCAAGUAAACAUUGUAAUUCUGGAUGCAAAUGACAAUGCUCCCAGCUUCACAAAGGAGGUGUACAUUGGAAAGGUCCUGGAGAACAUGCCCGAAGGCUCUGUGGUUCUGACUGUGCUGGCAACUGAUCAGGAUGCAGGAAUUAAUGGGAACAUUUCCUAUCAAUUCAGCCAGGCAGUGGGACAGAAUGACUCAGCAUUUGUGAUUGAUUCAAUAACUGGUGAAAUUAAAAUCACAAAACCUCUGGACUUCGAGGCGGCAGACAUUCAUGAGCUCAGUGUGAGGGCCACAGAUGGUGGGGGUCUCUCAGCAAUCUGCAAAGUGCUGGUGGAAGUGGUGGAUGUGAAUGACAAUGCCCCAGAGCUGGUGGUCAGUUCCUUCAGCAGUCCCCUCCCCGAGAACACAGUGCCCGGCACGGUGGUUGCCCUGUUUGCGGUCAGGGACCGGGAUUCUGGUGCCAACGGGAAGAUCUCCUGUGCCCUCGAGGAUCAGCUCUUCUUCUCCCUGCGGCCAGCCUAUAAGAAUUACUAUGAGCUGGUGACAGUGAGCGCGCUGGACCGCGAGGAGACGCCUCGCUACAUCCUCAGUGUGAGGGCAGCAGAUGCGGGGUCGCCUCCUCUCACAACCACCCAGACCUUCAGCGUGGACAUCUCCGAUGUCAAUGACAACGCCCCCGUCUUCAACCAGAGCUCCUACACCAUGUACGUGCGUGAGAACAACGUCCCCACGGUGUUUGUUGGGGCCGUCAGUGCUGCAGAUGCUGACGUGGGGCUCAAUGCCAAGGUGACCUAUUCCCUGGCCCCAGAGCAAGGGGCAGAGCGGCCCUCGUGCUCCUGCAUCUCUGUGAACUCUGAGAACGGACACGUGUUUGUGCUGCGGCCCCUGGACUACGAGCACUUGAGGCAGACCGAGGUGACGGUCAGUGCCUCUGACGCGGGCUCUCCUCCCCUCAGAGCCAACGUCACCGUCCGCCUGGUCGUGCUGGACGAGAAUGACAACGCACCGCUGGUGCUCUACCCAGCCCAGGACAGCAGCCCAGCGUCCAGUGAGCUGGUGCCCGUGUCGGCUGAGGCGGGCUACCUCAUCAGCAAAGUGGUGGCCGUCGACGCCGACUCGGGACAGAACUCCUGGCUCUCCUACCACCUGCUGAGGGCCACCGACCCAGGGCUGUUUUCCGUGGCCCUCCAAAGCGGGGAGGUGCGUCUGAGGAGGCCGGUGACAGAGAGAGACAGCGUCAAGCAGAAGCUCCUUGUCCUGGUCAGAGACAACGGCAAGCCCCCGCUCUCAGCCACGGCAGCUCUGAGCGCUCUCCUGCUCAAGGACUUCUCCGACGUGCGCCUCCCGCACAGCAGCCCGGCCACAGAGGAUCAGGACGGCUCCCUGACCACCUAUUUAAUCAUUUCCUUGGUCUUUGUCUCACUCCUCUUCCUCAUCUCCACCGCAGUCUUUGUCGCUCGCAAGGUCUGCAGGAGAAAGCAGCUGAAGGCUGGCCAUGUGCUUUAUGGUGCCGACAACUUGCAGAGCGGCCUGGCCGAUGCAGCCGCUGCAGGGAGCCUGCCCCGCGCCUAUUGCUACGAGAUCAGCCUCACUACGGGCUCGGGCAACAGCGAGUUCAAAUUCCUCAAGCCCAUCCUGCCCAGCCUGCCCCCACAGCACUGCGCCGUGGGCCAGGGCCCGGAUGAGGAACAGGAUUUCCCCUGUGUCCCUGUCAGCACAGAGGACAUGGCCCCAGACAAUGCUGGGACUCUCUCUGCAGGACAGUUCAAUGCUCUGUCCUUUAACUGACUAGGGUUCUGCACAGCUGGAGGCUUCAUGGCCCAUGGGAGGAAGGGAUCCAGGCUGCAGCACCUGGCCAGUGUUCCUCCAGAGUAUAUCUGUGUUUGCAGUUGGUGCAGUGAAUUUCCUGAAAAUCAAUUAAGAAUAAAUAUCUUCCACUCCAAGAACCCCUGGCGAAAGUAAAGGAAGCCUCACUUCUCUUGCUUAGUCACUUAUGGAUUUCUGGUUUUUUACUGCCAUUUCUAUCAGGCUUUAACUGUGUGGUUAGCUUUUACACCUAUGCUCUUGUUUCUCUUCCUCUCUGACAAGACAGAGGAUGUUUUUAUUCUGAGCUUUAGGACAAGGUCGCUGUAGGCCUCACUAAUCGUAUCAUCAUGGAAAUGCAAAAAGCUUUUUCUGGGCUUCAGGAAAGCAUGGAAGUUGCGAGUACUGUGUCACAAUGUCACGUGGGCACUAGGCCCUUUCUUCCCUGGGUUCUGGAUGCCUCUUUCUGGAAUGUGAGAUCUGUGUGCUUUGCUUUCUUGUCGCUAUGUUUGUCCAUGCAGACACUGAAUAUCUGCAGAUGCCUCAGUAGUGCUACCUGGUGAAGCAGGGAGUUGCUCCCACCCAGCCAUUGCAACACAGGCAAUGCCAGCCCCGCAGGGAAGGAGGUGCUUAGGAUCCUUUCAGUGCAGUAGUCUCCUGUUCCUUAUCUAGCUCAGAGCAGGGCAGCAAAAUGCACCACAAAGUCUUCCUUUGCCUCACAAGUCGGCUUGGGGGAUCUGUCACUUCAGGACUGCCUUGGAAAUACAGGAGCACAAACAGUGUUAGGGUAGACUGCUGUGGUGUGGUUUUUGCUUUACGUUUGUGUUUGCCCACUAUUCUCCUCCCUAAUCUUCUCCCCUCCUGAGUUACCAAUCUCCCCAAGCCCUUGCCUAACUUCCUCUUUCCCAGGCUGUCAAUCCUACCUAUCCCGACGCCUUUUUCCAGAGUGUUCCUUGUCUAUCUUGUAGUAUUGGAUACCCCAUUUGUUGCUUUGUAUUAUCCCCCUGCCCUGCUCUCCCUGAUAGGUUUAUAGAAUGUUAUUCCUGCCCUAGAUUCCUCCCCUGCCAUGCCCUCAUUGGUUAGUCGCCCUGUACCACUCCCCCUAUAAAAACCUCUGCAGAGCCGCCCUGGGUUUUGCCUUGGGGUCCCAGGUUGUGGACCUAAUAAAUCCAUCCAGCUUUACCCCAAGUCCCGUGUUGUCAUUAUCUGUUCCUGCACCGGACCAAGCGAUAACUGGGAAUAGCAGAGCUCACGGGGGGAAGGUCACGCUCCUGGUGUCGCUGCCCAGCACGAUACGACAGCGCACUGCGACAGUAGACUGUAACUGAAAAGGGCUGCAGAAAUAGGUUCAUUAUUGUUGAAUGCAUUGAAAGGAAACCCCAUAAAUACUAAAAGACAAUUAUUGGAAGGAAGAGUAACGAAGAACUUGAAAAGAGACAUUGAGAUUGGUCUUUUCAUUGUUAUUCCUGAAUCCCAAGACUUCUUGAUGGGAAUAGAAAUCUGUCCCUGCAUGAUUUUUGGUGUUUGUUUUAGUACAUUUGCAUUCCCAUAUUUCCAUUUCUCCUCUGAAAUGUACUGAGCAUUUUACUGAGCCUGUUCCUCUAGAGAAGUGCCACCCCAUCUGGAAUUGCUGGUUGUAUGGAUGAUGUCUGUGAUGCAUGAAAUACACGGAAAGCUUCACACAUGCUCUGUUGUGCUGAAGUUACACAGUUUAACAAUGUAAAUUGGUAUGACUCUGGGUUUAGAACCUGAAAAAAUAUGUUAGGCUUAAAUGAAGAGAGCAUCGUACCUCCUUUAGUGGAGAGAGAAUUCUUCGUA